AACUCCAAAUGAUACAUACUACUGUUACAAAUUGGGUGAUUCAGCGGGAGGCUGUUGAACUUUCCUCUUUUAUUAUCACAGGCACCAGCCUCUCGAGCUUUCGGGCUCUCAACAGUCCAUAAAUAUCGUGCAUAAGCUUCUAGGCACUCCCACAAACUCGUAUAGAUUCAUUUCCCAUAGAUUGCUUCUUCCGCAUAUAUCCAGCAGUGCAGACUGCAGCGGUGCAGCCUGAUAACGUAUUUGAAUUGUGAAUUGAUUACAUAAGCGAAUAAAGAUGGAGGGCAUAAUUGUUAGGAGGGUAAUUCCUUCAGAUAACAGCUGCCUGUUUAAUGCUGUUGGGUAUGUUAUGGACCAUGACAAAAACAAAGCAUCUGAGCUGAGACAGGUAAUAGCUGCAACAGUGGCCAGUGAUCCAACAAAAUAUUCUGAAGCAUUCCUUGGAAAGCCAAAUGAAGAGUACUGUGCUUGGAUUCUAGACCCAGAAAAGUGGGGAGGAGCGAUAGAGCUUUCAAUAUUGACAGAAUAUUAUGGACGUGAAAUUGCAGCAUAUGAUAUUCAAACCGCAAGAUGUGAUUUAUAUGGACAGGGGAACUACUAUAAUGAGAGAGUUAUGCUGAUAUAUGAUGGACUGCAUUAUGAUGCUUUAGCCAUGUCUCCAUCUGAUGGAGCUCCAGAAGAAUUUGAUCAGACAAUAUUUGCUGUUCAAAAGGACCAGACCAUUGGACCAGUGGAGGGGCUUGCUCGUAACCUGGUGAAGGAGCAACAGAGGAAAAGGAUUUACACUGACACUGCUAAUUUCACUCUGCGUUGUGGAGUCUGCCAAAUUGGAGUGAUUGGACAGAAGGAGGCUGUGGAGCAUGCACAAGCAACAGGCCAUGUAAAUUUCCAAGAAUACAGAUGAAAGAAUCUACAAAGGUGUGAAGAAAAAGAAAGUCUGAUAAAUCGAUCCUUCUUCUUCUUUGAAAGAAAAAUAUGUCUGUAUUCCUCCUAGGCAGUUCCUGAGUUGUGGCUGUACCACUGAGUUGCGUCCCUUCUUUGUUUUAUGGGAUCAGUAAUCUGGUCACGUUUAUCUCUUGUGAGGUACUGAACAUAUACAUUUACAAUUUACAAUUUGACACAGAGAGGAGGAGGAAAUAUGUCCUUGGUUCUUACUUCUCUCCCCUUGUUUAGUAGAAGUCAGCAGAGUUUCGCUCUUAACUUUGAUACUGGUCCACUUUUUACUGCUUUUUAGCUAUAAGGAGUGCGCGCCAUGUUCGCCAUUGAUCAAUAAAUUCUAAUACUUCUGCUUU